UGUUCCAGUGAAUACAGUGUGGAAGGCUGAAGGCGGUGAAACCUGCGACAGAGAAAUAAGCCAGUAUAGCUUGAACAGUUACUCUGCAAUUUAAUCAAAAGGGGGGGAAACAUUAAAAUACGCCAUUUUGUGUGUAUUAAACGUCCAUUCUUCAAGUUACGUACUUGUUAGCUAGGCGGCUGUCUCCUGGUUGCUGAGUGUGUCGCCGUUUCUCCCUGGAGCUAACACUAAGGGGGACUCCAUGAAAGAUGACAGAGGAGGUGAUUGUUGUAGCCAAGUGGGACUACACGGCCCAGCAGGACCAGGAACUUGACAUUCGUAAAAACGAGCGUCUCUUCCUGCUGGAUGACUCUAAAACAUGGUGGCGCGUCCGCAACACAGCCAAUCAAACGGGCUAUGUUCCGUCAAACUAUGUGGAGCGCAAGAACAGCCUGAAGAAAGGCUCGCUGGUGAAGAAUAUCAAGGACACGCUUGGUUUGGGAAAAACAAAGAGGAAGACAAGCACCCGUGAUGCUUCCCCAACACCAAGCUCGGACACCGAAUACCCCUCCAAUGGUGGCGGAGGUGGGGGGACGGGUGGAGGGGCAGCGGAGAGAAUCUACGACCUCAACACCCCCGCCGUGGUGAAGUUCGCCUACACAGCGGAGCGGGACGACGAGCUGACCCUGCUGAAGGGCUCCAGGGUUAUGGUGAUGGAGAAGUGCAGCGACGGGUGGUGGCGGGGCAGUCAGGCAGGCCGCGUGGGCUGGUUCCCGUCCAACUAUGUCCAGGAGGAGCUCGGUGAGGCUCAUGACAGAGUUGGCGAGGGGGUUUCCUCGCGGGUCUACCACACCCAAGGGACCUUCCUUGCCAACGGGAGCAUCGGGGGCCGGGGAAGCGUCCUCGACCUGGUUCAGACGCUCUACCCCUUCAGCUCCGUCACAGAGGAGGAGCUUAACUUUGAGAAGGGAGAGAUCAUGGAGGUGGUGGAGAAGCCGGAGAAUGACCCCGAGUGGUGGAGGUGUAAGAACUCGCGUGGCAUAGUGGGCCUGGUACCUAAAAACUAUGUCAUGGUGCUGGACGAGCGACCUGGUCACCCGCCACCCUUGACGACCGGGUCCCCGCAGAAUCGCUACGUGGUGCCAGCACGAUCAGGAAAAUUUGCAGGGAGGGACUGGUACUACGGCAACAUCACCAGGCACCAGGCAGAAUGUAUACUCAACGAGAGAGCCGACGAGGGCGACUUCCUCAUACGGGACAGCGAGUCAUCGCCUAGUGACUUCUCCGUGUCUCUGAAGGCCGUGGGCAAGAACAAGCACUUUAAAGUGCAACUAUCCGACGGUCUUUACUGCAUCGGCCAGCGCAGGUUCAACUCCAUGGACGAGCUGGUGGAGCACUACAAGAAAGCCCCUAUCUUCACCAGCGAGCAUGGAGAGAAGCUGUACUUGGUCAAAGCACUGCUGUGACACCCCCCUACACUGGAUUCCCCCACAUAUACACGCAUAAUACACAACACCACUCCCUAGCUGUCUUAAUCCAAGCUUUAUCUGGACCUUCUCUGGUGGCAGCCACUCACUCCAGCAACAGCCUCUGUCGCCCCCCAGUGGUCAUGAGAUGAAUCAGCCUCUUAAGUCCUACAGGUGAACAGUUCCACCCCAACAUAAUAACACCUGAGGCCUUUUUUUCCACGGAUCUUCAACACCGUUGCUCUUAACUCAAAAUAUAGGGGCAAACAUUUUAAAAAUAGAUAAUUUACAAGGCUCUGUCAAAUGUCUGAUUUGGAUUCGUUUCUCUCUUCCGAGUUGUCAAUCAUCAUUACACUUCACCAAGUGACCAGAAUCACUCGCUUGCCUUUUUGUCCUUUCUGUCCAAAAUUUCACCCACUCAUGAAUAGGGUUGGGCAUCGUUUGAAAUUGGUUCGAUUCCGGUUUCGAUUCCUCAUUUCGAUUCCAGUUCCUCACGAUUCUCGAUUCAGAUUCUUUUCAGAGGUAGGGUCAUAAAAGUUAGCAUGGUGCAAAUGAGGGCACUAACCAAAGUUGUUGGAUGAAAUGUCUGAAUAUCAAACAAGUGCGCUGACUGGAGUAACACUUCAACUUCCUGGCUAAAGUCAGCGUUAACGACAGGUCGUUAAUGUUGUCUAUGCCUCACGUUAGCUGGAUACUUGAGUUGACCCCCGUAUUCGCACUAUAAAGUAGAAUUUGUUUGCUGUUUCAAUGUUUGCAUUAGAUUGACGUAAUUUAUUGUUUUACUUACCCGACUGGUUGAAGAAGUCCGGCGUAGCGCGUCAAAACUAGGGCACUCUGUACACCCUGGAUCCGGACGUGUUAGUGGUGCGCACUCCUUUGCAUGAUAUGAUGGCAUUGCAAAUGUUGCGCUACGCCGACCCUUCAUUUUUCUUGCAGAAUUUCGAACUGUGUUGCACACUGGCCAUGAUUGAACUGGAUGAACGCUUCCUGCUGUUUCUUCUUCGUUGGUGUGUUGCGUCAAUUUUUUCCAGUGCGCGGGCUGAUCGAUAACGGAAAGUAGGCAUUGAAGUUUAGAAAAAUGAACGUUCCCGGGAAAAUCGUAAUGUUAGUCAAUGCCCAACCCUGCUAAGCCUCAUUUCGGUCCAUGUACGCACCCAAGUGAAAAUAGUGAACGUCUGAGGUCAAAAUUGUUCCCAUUUUGAGUUAAAGGGCAUUUUGAUGCGGUGAAUGGGUGCCUUUUCGGUGGAAAUGACAAGAAAAGUGGGGUGUUUAUUUCAGACUGAUUUAAUUUUGCCUUUAAACGUUACAAAAACAAUUUUUUUUGUUUCUCAAGCUGCUGCACCUUCCAUUUUGAAAAUGCCUCCUCUAUGUUAUGGUUUCGCAAAUACCACCUAAAAAACAAAAUGUUGUUUUGCCUUGCAUGUACCACAGGUUUUUUUUUUUUUUUUGCUAUGCUUGCCAUCAGUUUUUCUUUAUUAUUGUCAAGCUGCUGCGCCUCUCCUGAAGUCCUCUGAUGCCUCACUCUUUUAAAAAAACGCCUCCUCUACGUUAUGCUAGAAGUUUUCGAAGUGUGGUUAUUACACUUUUUAAACCAAGUGCCACCUCAGAUAUUUGAUGCUUUGAAAGUCAGUUUUUUUGCUACCUCCACUCGCCAUCACAAUUUAGUUUUGAAAGAUUUUCUUUCUUUUUCUCAAGCUGCUGCACCUCCCAUUUUGAAAGCCAUCCCUUAGAACAGUUCCUCUCAAACGUUUUAUAUUUUUUUUAAGUACCACCUUGAAAUGUUUUCUUGCUCUGCAAGUAUGACUGAGCUUGGAAAGUUUUUUUUUUUUUGGUUUUCAAGCUGCUGCGCCUCCCCCGAAGUCACCUGGUGGCUGACAUUUUAUAAAACACCUGCUCUAGACGUCCCUAGAAGUGGCCAGGGUCCUUGUUGUAGCCGUCACUGUCAACUGUACUGUAAACUUUUUACUACCCCCGCUUGCCACGUCAUGGCUUGUGGAGCAUAAUAAGCAAUAAUAAAUUUCUUUUGAAUUCCAUUUCAAAGCAAAUCUUUGCCUAAUAAAUUAGUAUUUUUACAGUUACUUCAUAAGUAUUUCAUGUAUAUAAUUUCCAUCAUCCAGCCAUUUAAUUUCCAAUUGCUUUUUAUUUCUUUUUUUUUUAUCCUAUGGUGCUAGAUGAAGCCCGCGUACCAUCAGUGAUACUGGUGCCACAGUUUGAGAAGCCGUGUUUUAAAAUGCUGCAAAAGACUGUAAAAUAUAAUAAAAACGCAAAAGCCUAACCUAACUUCUUAUAACCUUUCGCCGCUUUCUUGCAUCGUUUACAGCUAGAAGACACCCAUUCAACAAAUACACUUUAAGAACAUUUUUGGACUUAAUUGUGUUUAAAAGCACUGCAUUAAUGCUAAGGGAGGGAGGGGGGGGGGGCUGAUUUCCUGUAUAGUUUGAAUGUUAACGAGUGUAACCAAAUGUGCCACCCUCUUCCAGGUCCUCACUGCACUCACUAAAUGUGUCACACAGUGUCAAUAACAACUUCAAACCGCUUAGAAUUAUGAAAAAGAAGAAGAAACACUUUAUGAUAGGCUUCUACUAAUGGAUGCAGUAAAAACCAACAUUCAUAGAUUUAUAUACACUAAAAAACUACUUUCAAGUGUGCCAAAUUAGUUGUCUCCAUUGUGCCCCCGGGAACACAAACCUAAUCAGUGAUCGGUACCACAAAGAAAACAAAAUCCAGUUUAUAAAGGCAACCGGUCUAGUCGAACCAAACACUGCAGUUUUUUUUGUCUGUGUGCGUUCGUUUAUCAAAGUGUUGAUGGUCGAGCUGUUGUAGGAUUAUACCUGAAUGUUAUUGAGCAUUAUUUAAUUCCUGUCUCCACUGUAUGUAUAUAUUCCAGAAUAAGAUGAGGUGCGGCCUAGCAUACAAAACUAUGGUACUGUAUCACCGACAACAUGAUGAGAAUUUAAAUACUUUUGUUCAAUAAAAGCUU